CCGGCUCGCGCCUCCGCCCGCGGUCCCAGCCCCUGCGCUCGCUCCUCGCCCCGAAGAUGAAGGUUUGGCUGCUUCUUGGUCUUCUGCUGGUGCACGAAGCGCUAGAGGAAGUUACUGGCCAACAACUUCCCAAGAACAAGCGUCCGAAGGAGCCAGGAGAAAAUAGAAUCAAGCCUACUAACAAGAAGGUGAAACCCAAAAUUCCUAAAAUAAAGGACAGGGACUCAGCUGAUUCAAUACCGAAGACACAGUCCAUAAUGAUGCAAAUGACAGAUAAAGGUCGGUUCCAGAAACCUGCUGCUACCCUGAACCUCAUGGCAGGACAAACACUUGAUCUUCGAUGCAAAGGGAAUCAGGUUAGAUGGAGCUACCCUGCCUAUCUAGACACCUUUAAGGACUCCCGCCUCAGUGUGAAGCAGCACGCACGCUACAGCCAGCUCACCCUGGUCAACUCCACGGCGGCCGACACUGGCGAAUUCAGCUGCUGGGCACAGCUCUGUGACGGCUACAUCUGCAGGAGGGAUGAGGCCAGACAGGGCUCCACCUACAUCUUGUUUACAGAGAAAGGAGAACUCUUUGUACCUUCUCCCAGUUACUUUGAAGUUGUCUACUUGAACCCAGACAGGCAGGCUGUGGUUCCUUGUAGAGUCACUGUCCUGUCAGCCAAAGUCACACUCCACAGGGAGUUCCCAGCCAAGGAAAUCCCAGCCAAUGGAACAGACAUUGUUUAUGACAUGAAGAGAGGCUUUGUGUACCUGCAACCUCAUUCUGACCAACAGGGGGUGGUCUACUGCAAAGCGGAAGCUGAGGGCAAAUCUCAGAUUUCCAUCAAGUACCAUCUGCUCUAUGUGGAAGUUCCCAGUGGCCCUCCAUCUACAACCAUCCUGGCAUCCUCCAACAAAGUGAAAGGUGGGGGUGACAUCCGUGUCCUCUGCACUGUCCUGGGGGAACCAGAUGUGGAGGUGGAGUUCAGGUGGAUCUACCCAGGGCAGAAGGAGGAAAGGCCCGUGACAAUUCAAGACACCUGGAGGCUGAUCCACAGAGGGCUCGGGCACACCACGAGAAUCUCGCAGAGUGUCAUCACCAUUGAAGAUGCCGAGACCAUUGAUGCAGGAUAUUACAUUUGCACGGCUCAGAAUCCCCAAGGACAGACUACGGUAGCUACCACUGUUGACUUUUCCUGACUUGGAAAAUGAAGUAUAAUGAACUGAUGGAAAGCCCAUUAGUGUAAACAUCCAACUUUGGGGUUCUUUUGACUAGGGCUUUGCCAGAGGCUGAUCUGAAAGGCCAAACCCCAACCCCUGCCUUUGGAGUCAGACCCAGACACCCAACUAAAGGAAGUCAUCCAGUCUAAUAAUAGAAGUGUUAACUCUUCUACCAAAGCAUGUAUUUUUAUUGCUUACCUACGCAUAUGUGCGUCUAGUUUUUAAACUAAAAGCAUAUAUGCCAACAAUGCUAAUCAUUUCCAAUAAAGGUGCAAGUUUUUGUAAAAUAUUAAAUGGGCUAAGUUCUCUUUCUCGACUCAGCUGGAUAUACACCCAGGACUUCUUGCCAGCAAUGUCUGUGUCAAUACUUAAUAUCCUAUUUGAUAGAACCGCAAUGAGAUGAGAAUCUAAAAUAGCAGUAACAGAGCUCAACUACUUAUCUAUGAUCAGCAACUCAAGGCUUGAAAGCUUAGGCCUAUCAUUUUUGUCCUCAGUAGCAAUCCUUAAAUUGCAAUUUUAAAGCUAAUGUGAUUUAAAAAUCUAGUGAUACAAAAAAAACUUGCUUUUUGGG